AUGGCAGAUGCAUGUAGUGAAAUUACUUGGUUCCGGGAAUUGUUGACAGCACUUGGGAUCCUUUUGUCUGUGGCAACUCCAUUAUAUGCUGACAAUCUUCGCGCAAUUCAAAAGAAAAACAUUUCCCAAAUUCAUGUGUUUACACAAGACGGGAUCCUGUUUGACAAUAUUUUGAUAGCAAGUGAUGAAAAGGUUGUUGAAUCAGUCAGGGAGACGUCAUGGAAGCCUAAGUUUGAAGUUAAGAAAGAAAGGCAGAAAGCAGAGGAAGCAGCAGCGGAUGCUUCAGAUGGGCUUGCAAGCAUCCAGAAGAAGGUAUUUGAUGUCCUCUGCUGGAUAGCAGACAUUCCCUUCUUGGAAGCAUAUAAGAUCAAGAUCAUUGAUGUCAUCGAGAAAAGAGAGAAGCAGCCUAAUUUUACAAUUGGCAUUCUCAUCUCUAUUUUGGUGGUGAUUGUAACGGUCCUUUUUAGGAUUCUUUUCGGUGGGAAAAAGCCAGCUGCUGCUCCAAAGGUUGUAAAGGAAACAAAGAACUCUUCAGCUUCAGAGACUGACAACCAAGGAAGCAGUGGCGAAACGGAGGACAAAAAUGAGAAGGAAGACGCUGCUGCCCCUCUGCCGUGGAGGUCUAGGCGGGAAACUUAGUUGAGUAGAACUUGAAAUUUUGAACCGAGUGGUCAUUGUAGCCGAAUAUGCUUUUUCCCUACGCUUAGAUUUUGAAAUGCUAACGGGAUUUUAGCGUAAAUGAGAUAAUCUGGUUCUCGCAAUCUGAAUCUUGUCACCCUGAAGAGACGGA